AGUUGAAACGGGGCGCGGUGGGAGAGAGUAUAUAGAGAGGAGAGAGGAGUCAGAGUGCGGUCAGUGAGUUAGUGAGAGUGCCGUGUGAUUCCUGAGACCCCGUACCUCUGGGACGCGAGAACAAACUAGGGACCAAAUAUGAAGUUCGUCGUCUUCGCAGUGCUGGGAUGCUGCGCGUUGGUGAAUUCAGCGUCUCUGGUGUCAGAGUCAAAAAUUUUGGACGCCGAGACGUCUUCGUUUUUAAAAUCUCUGACGGACAGUCUGGAGGGUUCGGAGAUAAUUCCCAUAGAAAUAUCCGAGCCGAUACCCGAGGGAGGAUCUUCGGAAAGUACGAGGACGAAGAGAUCGGGAGAUUUGGGAUCCGGAGGAUUUUUAGCUGGAAUCGGUAGCGCGAUUCUCGGUAAAGUUGCAAGUGCAUCGAGUGGCAUUAGCAGCGGAAGUAGCCACAGCGCGGGAACCGGACAUGCCUAUGAAUCCGUGGAAUACGGACCACCGGUACACAACUACGACGAGAAAAAUUUCGACAUAUGGUCGUUCAAGAAAGCAAUUUUGAAUACCUUGUUCCAAGCGCUGAAGGCCAUCGGCGGAGGAGUUAUCGCCCUCAAAGGGAAACUGAUACAAGGUGGCGGCGUGGUGAUUUCAACGAAAGGAAGCAUAAUCAGCGCUAAAGGAGAGGCCAUAUCCUCGUUGGGACGUCACAUAGCAGCGAGCGCAGUUUUGGCGCCCCCAAAAACCAGCCAUUACGUCUACCACCCUCCUCCGCCUCCAGCGAUUCACGUACACACCGCAACAGACCACGAUUCUUACGGAGGACCACUACCGAGUGCUCACGGUCAGCACGGCGGAUACGGUCUGGGUGCUUCGGACAAUUAUGGAAAUUCGGGCUACGCCGCUCCCUCCGAUGACGCUGAUCACCCCGGACUGCUGAUAUUAAAAAAAUUGAAAGCCGAAGAAAGUCAAUCUCUGCACUCCGCGCCGUCAUCGUCGUACGAGAGUUUCAAUCCCCAUCACGUUGGGGAUUCAGGUUUUCAAAAAAAUUUACAAGAGGACGAUCACGAUCAUCGCGGGAAGGGGAUAAAGGACGUUGUGAAUCACCCGGCGUUUUCGGCGCUUGCGGAGAGUUUUGGCGGCAACCAGAAAGACUCCGGUUUGGGAAAUUUGUUGGUCGGUAAAUUGGCAGGACUUUCGAAUUCGAAUCCGAUCGGAAAGGGCGGAAAAACGGCGGAGGUCGCCUUCGACGUUACGCACUCGGAACAACACGAAGUGCACCGUCCGCAGACGGAAUACGGAGUUCCCGAAGUCUACGAAAAUAACGGUGACGUCAAAAGUCAGGGGACUUCGUUCGCGCACAACAAUCAUCAGCAGGAUAUCGGACUUCAAAAUCAGAUACAUGAGAACGCGGUUCAAAAUUUCCAGGAGCUUUCUUUCCAGCAGGGAAAUCAGGCGAAUUCGUUUUCGGGACAUAACGAUCAGUCCCAAUAUCAGAAUUACUACCAAGUUUCACCUCUGGAUAUACGACAUCCUCAAACUUUCGACAGUAACAGUAACAACGUUAUUUUUACCAAGUCCCUCGAGAUUCCGAUACUGCAAGCACAACCCGCUUAUUUUUCGAACAAUAAUUACCUCCAUGACUAUGGUCUUCACAACGGCUUGGCUGCGCAGAAAAGAAACAGUCUGCACCCGAAGCCGAAAGAAUCCGGGAACGUCAUCUCAGGAUUAAAGUUGCAGCCGUUGAACAAUCAACAUUCCAAAGUCCUACACAGAACGUAGAAAAUUUAAAUCAAUAAAUAAUCCCUGCCCGAGUGGUAUUUUCUUACGCUUACUACCCCAGUUUCCGGCCAGACGGCAGCGUACAGUACGAAGCGGUGCGAGACGGUUAUCACAACUAUUGAUGAAAAACCUUCUUUAUUUCUCUUCUUUUUUUUUUCAUCUCUAAUUCCGUCCGUUCAAAAUUCCCAACGAUCUUCAACCGCAUCGGAAUUCAGAUAAUAACCGAAAUCUGAGCGACUCGAUACGAAUCUUUUUAUUUGUUAUACUCGAUUUAUUUAUUGUCGCCGCUGCCAUGUGUAUUGUAUAUUGUGGCAUUGUGGCAUGUAAUUUUGUUUUCGUUUCUAUUGCAGCGCAGUUUUUUCCACGUUGCACAUGAUUUAUUGAUACGUAUACAGUAUCAAUAAUUAAAUAUUAAUAUAACAACGCGUCAGUUACCUGGGACGAUAAUUCCGAUAAUACUUAGAAUAUCGUGUUGCAGUUUGUAAAUUUUGUUUUUUUUUUCUGUACAAGUAUUCCAACAGAUAUAAUUAUCGAGAAACGGAAAAAUUGAAGGAAGACGAGUAACUAUGCAGACACAUAGAUAUUAAGAUAGAAUUUACGUAGACGUACCUAAUUACCAUCGCUAUAAUUAUACAGUGUAUAGAAAUUUUGUAAUUAUCGAUAGAAAUUUAUUUUGUGAUAAAUAUAUUUUGUUAUGUUACGUGCAUUAAAUUAUCUGAAAAGAAAUAGAAAAGAAAAAGAAAACCAACGACGAAUAAAUAAAAAAAACUAAUACAA